GACCAGGGUUCCCAAAGGGACGCAUCCUCUUCCUUGAUUCACACACAAAGCCCGGAUGUGACUGUAAAAAACAAGAAACCCAGCCCCAGCCCUGUGACCAGCUUCCCUUCAGCACCGCUGCUCUCGGCCGGGUGUCCAAGCGCAGCAGGCUGGGCGCAGACGGCGGGGGCCGCGUUUGAAUUGUGACCGUGCUACUUAUUAGCUGAGCUUCAGCAGAGAGAAGAUGCCGGCCGUUCACGUGGAAGACCUGUCGGAGAAGGACAAGCUGAAGAUGGAGGUGGCCCAGCUCCGCAAGGAGGCAAAGCUGCAGAGGCAGCAGGUUUCCAAGUGUUCUGAGGAAAUCAAAAAGUACAUCGAGGCGCGCUGCGGCGAAGAUCCCCUGGUGAAGGGCAUCCCGGAGGAUAAGAACCCCUACAAGGAGAAGGCGGGCUGCACCGUCUCCUGA